AAACAGUACUCUUGUCACCGUCACCCUCUCCUAAUUCCGGAAGUUCUUGCAAAGUAAUGGCGAAGGCUCCCAGGCUGUAGUAACUGGGAUAGUUUCGGAUUCGGGAAGCCGUUUUCUUCUCCUGCUGCUCGGCAUCAUGAUGGAUCGCGGCGCCGGUUCCUCGGAGCACUUGGAGCGACUGCACGAAAUCUUCCGCGGCUUGCAUGGGGAGCUACGAAGCGUCCCGGAGAGGCUGCGCGGCAGUUCGGCGGUUGAGGAGAAGAAGAAGUUGAUUCGAGAAUUUGAUGAAAAACAAAAAGAAGCACAUGAAACGCUGCAGGAAAUGGAAGAAGAACUGAAAUAUGCUCCAGUGUCCUUCCACAAUCAAAUGAUGGCCAAAAUUCGGACUUACAGAAGAGACCUUGCCAUGUUCCAGAGGAAAAUGAAAAGCACCGAUUUAGGAGUGGUUGCCGGAGGACGUGGAGAUCCAAAAUUUGGAAUGUUCUCCUCAGAAAAUGAGCAGAGAACUCAAAUGCAGUCUCAGAGGGUGUUGCUGCUCCAAGGAACAGAAAGCUUGAACCGAGCCACUCAGAGCAUAGAGCGUUCGCACCAGAUUGCUGCAGAGACGGAUCAAAUUGGCACAGAUAUAAUUGAAGUGCUUGGAGAGCAGCGGGAGCAGCUGGACCGCACAAAGGGCAGACUGGUGAACACAAGUGAAAACUUAAGCAAAAGUCGAAAGAUACUGCGCUCCAUGUCAAGAAGGAUCAUGACAAACAAAUUAUUGCUCUCUGUUAUCAUCAUUUUGGAAUUAGCCAUCCUGGGAGGCAUUGUAUACUACAAGUUCUUCAGGUGAACCUUUUUGAGGCAUACACAGCUCUCGGUUUUCAUGUCUUCCACCCACCUUUAGAACUAUGCACAGACAUUGCCAAGAAACAGCUCUUUGGCAAAGAUUGAAAGAAACAGUUUAUAUUUAAUACAAUUGAAAGACACUACUGAUGUGCUGUCUAACAGCAUGUUCAACUGAGAAUCGCUGCCAGUAGGAAGUGUGGCUGUAAAGAAAGCUAGAGGGCAGUGAAGGGAUGGUAAGUUUUUGUAUAAUUGUCAAGUAAUAAACAUUCACCUAAGCUGACGUGUCGUCUAACUUGUAACACAGCUAUUUGGUUACACAAUGGAAAAGUAACUAGUCUCUCCAAAACUGGUGAACACUUCAGAGUGCAGUACAGUCAGUUUUUAGCCUAUCCAUUUGAGUAAUCAGCAGAACUGUAUAUAAUGCCCAUUGUGAAGCAUCUGCCAACACUUGUAGUUCCUACAUCCGUACUUGCUCUUCACUGUCAGAUUCAUCUGGUGAACUGGGUUUUGGUAGAUCAUCAAAAACUAUGUGUGCUCCUUCUCUUGUCUGCCCGAAGCAUGAAGCAAUCACAUCUACUGCAAGAUUAGCUGUUGCAUUCACUUCUUCCUGGGAAGCUCCAAGUAGUGGAUUUACUUCUACAAGGUCCAUGGCUGAAAGCAGGCCUGAGAAAUUAAAGAUGAUUGGUGAGUUACAUGGAAGACAUAGAACUUAAAUGUUUUUUCAAAAGCAUCACCUCAACCAAAGGACAGAUGGUCUGCACAAUCUGCAGCACCAUGUGUGUCUUGUAUGAAUCCAAGCUUCCAGCCAUGCAUUAUCUAGAAAAAACUAUUGCAAUUCUAGUAUUGCAGUAAUUACAUCAUUUGUACUGCCUUUUCGCUGAGUUCUCCAAAGCAACAUCAAUUAUUAGCAGUUGCAGUCCUUUUUCUAGGUUAUGUUGUUGACAGUAGUAUACAAUAUUAUCAUAGAGCCAGUACAGAUGAGUAGUUAAAUGUUUAAAGUAAUAUUUUUAUAGCAACAUUUGAGUAAAGUUUGUUUGCUUUUUACUAACAAGGAAGUGCAAUUUGAGAGUGGUCUGAAAGCUCUUGAGAUAACUCUUCCUAGCCUUGUUACUGUCCAAUACAAUGUAUUCUGAUUAAUUUCCCAGGGGUCGGGUAAGGAAGAGAACUGGAACUUCCACUGAGCUACACUCCUACAUUCUGAUGUAAACAAUCUCUGAAUACAUUUGUAACAAGAUGCCAUGCCAGCAUAUCCUUGUAUCAUGUUAUCUAAAACUUGAAAGUAAAAUAUACUUUGGUUCUUA